AUGACAUUUUUCAUGAAGCCCUUCAAAUCUGUCGUUUGUAUUCUGGUGAUAUAUGGCUGUUUCGAUUGCAAAAUUGCUCCAAUUGGAGCCAGCGAUCCGGCGCUUGUGGAAAACGUCGACAAAGGAAGCGAACAAGAGAGAAAGGCUUUCAUUUUAAAUGAAGAUGAUGUGUUCGAUGUAUCGAGUUACCAUAAACAGGUCGAGAGAAGAGAGAAUAAAUAUGAUAAGGGCGAAACGGAAUCCUAUACCAUCGAUGACGAGGAUGGCGAGCGAGUAAAAAGGGCAGUUGGAGGCGGCGGUAAACAACAUUUGAACAGUUCAAGCCUCGGUACGGUAUUCGUCAGUACAAUAACAUCGGACAUUUCUACGCGCUCGCUGGACAAAAUAGUAUCGCUUAAUUCUACAGCGAUUGCUAGUUCGACUCCUCUAAUGGACAUUACGACAUUUAAUGUUAUUGUUUCUACGAGUGUUUUACACGAUGUUAGCGCGAGCAAAUCAGACUUUUCAACACCGUCUUUGUCUACUAUUCAUGGCAGUUCUGAUACAAAAACCAAGAGCCACACGAACGUUUUUACGAGCAUGGAAACGUCUUUUGGUGCAUCCGUUUUGGUGACACGAGUCACUAGAGCUUCAAGCGUUGUGGUGAGCACUUCGUCGAGUUUCAGUUUCAUAGAGCCGACUUCAAGAUCGACCAAGACAACUGAAACAACCACAAAGGAAGGUAAUGACGUAGCGAAUCGCGAAGAUCCUUCGCCGAGAAAGAAGACUUUGUUCGGUUUUGUAACCAUUGAAAUCCUGGUGGCUCUACUGGCUGGCGCAGCAUGUGCUGUCAUAUUGGUCGUAUUUUUGGUUUAUCGCCUAAAGAAGAGGGGUGAAGGUAGUUACGAGCUUCAAGAAACGUUAAUGUUGAAAUCAGGCGGUUAUUCCGACGAAAAAGAAGUUUUUGUGUGA